AUGUCUUAUCAACACACUCGCUUGGGCGGCAAUGCUUUCAACCACGGCCCAUCUUCAGCUUCACAACAAGAAUACGACAGACUCCGUGAUCUCGCCAGAAAAGAGCAAGGCCAACACCAGCACUAUGCAGAAGAAGCACGUAAGGCGUACGAGCAGGGCGAUGGAGGCAGAGCACACGACAUGAGUGUUCAGUCAAAGGAACACGCAGCAAAAGCAGAUCAAUACAACAAGCAGGCCUCCGAGUUCAUCUUCAGGGAGAACAAUGCCGUCGGCAAAGUCCAAGGCGACACCAUCGAUCUUCAUGGCCAAUACGUAGAAGAAGCAGAGGAGAUCCUGGAACAGCGCAUACGAUAUGCGCAGCAAACUGGACAGUCACAUCUCCACGUCAUCGUAGGCAAGGGCAACCACUCUCCCAACCACGUUCAAAAGAUCAAACCCCGAGUCGAGCAAGUCUGUCAAGAACUAGGACUGCAGUACCACACCGAGCAGAAUGAGGGCCGUAUGUUCAUCGAUCUGUCGGGCGGACACGGGCAACAGAUGCCUUCAUACGACUACCAGCAACACCACGAACCCCAACACCAGAACUACGGCAAGCCACAUUACGAGACUGCAUACCCAAUGGGCAACAACCCGCAGUAUGGCUAUGCGCAGGCUGCUGGUGGCUAUGGUGGACAACAGCAGAUGCAGUACGGUGGACAGCAGCAACAGCAGCAUGGUGGUUACCCAGGCCGGCCACAGCAGAAUAUGCAAGUCCAGGAGCCUGAGCAAGAUCAAGGAAUCAAAUGCUGUGGCAUCAAGAUUUGUACAAUCAUGUAA